AUUUCCGAUCUAGCUUUAAUGAUCUUAAACCAUUUAUUAACCCUCGUUCACCCAAAAUUAUCCAUUGAAUUUGCUGCUGCUUCUUCUUAGCUCCUUUUACCUUAGGGUAAAAUCACUAAAUUUUACUCUAAUUCUGCUUGAAGUUUUGAAGAUCGAUCGAGAUUGUUCGUGGCCAUGGCGAGCGAAGAAUUACAAGGCAGCGAUCUUCACGAUCAAGUUCAAAUGGCGCCGGCGCCAGCUCCGAUUCCGUUGCCUCCUUAUCCUGAGAUGAUUUUGGCGGCAAUUCAAGCGUUGAACGAGGAAAACGGCUCGAAUAAAUCGGCGAUCUCGAAGCACAUCGCGAAGGAUAUCGAGGCGACCUACGGCCCAAUCCCGCCGGCACACUCGGCGCUGCUCAACCACCACCUCAACAAGAUGAAGUCGUCCGGCCAGUUGCUGUUCCUCAAAAACAACUACCUCGUCCCCGAUCCCAACGCGCCGCCGCGCCGUGGCCGCGGCCGCCCUCCUAAGCCGAAGACUCCGCUUCCUCCCGGAGCUCCCCUGCUCUCUCCCCGCCCCCGCGGCCGCCCUCCCAAGUCUCACGACCCCAAUGCUCCCCCGCCGCCGCCGAAGCCGAAGAGCCCUAACGCAGCGGCUCCUUCUCUCUCCGGGAAAAAACGUGGCCGGCCACCGAAGGCCAAGCCAGCUGAUGCGGAUGUGGAUUCGGCUCCAGAUCCGGCUCAGAAUCCGGCUCCGGCCGCCGAGGGAGCGCCACGUGGACGUGGAAGGCCGCCGAAGGUUAAGCCGGCGGCGACUGCUUCUGUAGGGGCUUAAUUGAAAGAAGAGUGGUAAUCUAGGGGCUUUUAGGCUAAUUUGUUGUAGUAGUGUUAUUUAUUUUCCUUAUUUGCAUCUUGAUCCUUGUAAUUUGAGUGGCUUUUUGUUUAAGGAUGGUGAGUUGUAACUUUGGUGUAAAUUGAUUGGAUCACUUUUAAUGAGAAAAAGAAAAGGGGGAGGAAAAAAGGAAGAUUCUUUUCA